AUGGUUUACAAAUUUAUUGUUUAUCCUGGUAAUAAUUCAUUUGUCAUUAGAGAAGCACUUUUAAAAAGAGGGAAUUGGAAAGAAGUAUAGUAUGAUGAUCCUAAUAUUAAUUUAUCUGAAAUUGAUUUCAUUUGGUCACCAAACAGCCUUUCUACUAAGGAAUAUGAAAAGAUUGUAGAAUUAGAGAAAAAAAAUCCAAAUCAUCAAAUAGUCAUCAACCAUUUUGAAAAUAAUUAAUCAUUGACAACUAAAUCUGACAUGAUAAAAGCAUUGAAUAAUCAUUACAGAAAAAACUCAGAAGCAUAAAAAGGAGGAUAUAAUGUUUUCCACUCAAUACCAGCUACCUAUGUCCUUAUAGUAGGUGUAAAUGGCAAUGAUCAAAGAGAUUUUCAAAUUAAAUUUAAUGAAAUAUCUAAGUCUAAUUUCAAAAGAUGUACUCUUCCUGAAAAACACUGCUCUAAUAACAUUUGGAUUUUAAAGCCUGAUAAUAUGUCUCAAGGAAAAGGAAUAGAAAUUUUUCAAAGUUUGAAAGCUAUUUUGAGCUUUUUACACUAUAAACCUGCAUUUAGUAAAUGGGUUAUCCAAAAAUAUAUUGAAAGGCCUCUGCUAUAUAAUGGAAGAAAAUUUGAUCUCAGAGUAUGGGUUCUUUUAACAAAUAAGGGAGAGCUAUUUGUCUACAAGAACGGAUAUCUUCGAACAAGUUCAUCUAAAUACAGUAUGCAAACGUUUAAUGAAGCUGUACACCUCACUAACUGGAGUCUUUAAAAAGGUCUUCCUAGUUAUGAAAAGCAUGAAUAAGGAAAUAGAUUACCAUUAAAGGAGGGAUUAUAAUACAUUUUUGAUACUUAAUUUAGUAAGUACCAAGUUGACUAUGAAAAACACAUUUAUCCUAGAAUGAAAGAUUUGAUUAUUGAUCUAGUAAGAAGCUGUGAACAAGAGAUGUUUAAAAGCAAGAAACUCAAUAAUUGCUUUGAGUUAUAUGGGUUUGAUUUCAUUAUUGACGAGGAUUUGAGAGUUUGGUUGAUUGAAGCUAAUAAGAACCCAGGAUUCGGCUUACCUACUGAAAAGGCUAGAAAAUUGAUUGACGAAAUGGUAGAUGAAUUACUAAGGUUAACUAUUGAUUAAGAUUAUACACCUAAAGCUGCUCUUUAACCAAGAUAAAAUGUAUUUGAUUUAAUAUACACUAUGAAACCAUCUCCAUUUAACAAAUUUUAACCAAAAAAUGACAGAAGACCUUUCAAUAUAAGUGUAUAUCCUAUUCCAUAACUUGAGCCAUAAUAAUCUUCAGGAGAAAAGAGAUAUUAAGUUCUUAAUCCUUUACAGGAUAUUAAACAAGAAAAAGAAAAAAGCAAACAAACUGAGAUGGAUUAUUCCAUAGAGGUACUUAAUGAAGAACAAUAAAAAAAAUAAAACCAAGAAGAAUAAGAAGAUAAAAAAAGAGAUGAGUUAACCUAAAAACAAUAGAAUGAAAAAAUAAUUGAAAGCAGAUAUACUCUAAAAGAGAUAAACAAUGAUCCUUAUAUUUUCGAAAAAAACUUAGAAUCUUAGGAAAUUUGCUUAAAGCAAUAAAAGGAGUAAACUAAAAAAUUUAAAAGUAAAGAUAAUCUAGAUAAAAAUGUAGAUGAUAUGUAAAAGGGGUUUGGUUUACAAGCACUAAAUUCUUAAAAUAGUAAUAAUAACCAAUAAAGAAUUCAAAAAAUUAUGUCGAGUACGCUAUCACAGCCUACUUUCCAUCAAAAUUUAUUAAGUUUUGCUUUGAAAUCUCCUAGAAAAUUAGAUCCCUUAUUUAACUCUGUUAAGUAAUUUAAAGAUUCUUCUUAUAUUUAAGAAGAGGAAGAAAACGAAAAAAAAGAUGAGUUUGCUAAAUCAUAAAAAAUAAAUUCCUACAUGGUUUAGUCUUCUAAAAUAAUACUUGAGCCGAUUUCAUCUAACGAUUAACAAAAAGAAUUAAUAAAAAGAUUAAACUAAUAGUAAAAGAAUUUAUAUCAGUAGUUAAAAGAAUUAAAUGAUAAUUCUGCUUAAGAUUACAAUUAAACAUCUUAAAAACUGAGUGAUGGAAAUUAUACUCCAAUCUAAACAAUGUAAAAUAAAUCCUAAGAAAGGAAGAAAAUGUUAAAUAGAUAAUAAAGCAGGUCAUUAUUUAAAAUAAAGUUGUUGAAUGAACAAAAAAAUUAGUAAAAAUAAGACUACUCAAUUUAGCCGAUACUUGCAAAAAGUAUGAGCACAACAAGUAAUUGGAUAAAAUAAUAAUAAAAAUAAGAUAUAAACACCAAUUUUCAAAAAUAUUAGAUGGUUUAACAAAAAAAAUUACCAGCUUUCUCACAUUCACUUCAUUAAGCUAAUAAAAAUAGUGAAAUCAAGCAAUUUAGCGAAUAAUAAAAAGAAAUGUAAUAACCUAGCAUAUUUUAAUAAAAAGAAAGUCUUUACAUCUAAAAAUAAGAAUUAAGUUAUCUUAAUCAUAUUUGA